GGCCAGGAGCGCAGCAAUAGACAAAAACAAACCUCAAGCGAGCGCUGAAGCCACAGGAAAACUCCAUCUCCAAAAAAACAUUAUCACUCCUGCCAAAGGUCAUCCACCUUAAAUGCUGCUGAAGAUAAGCCCGGUAGACGUGCUUACAAUACUGCUAUGGCCUUGAAUCCUUUCAAUUCCCUCAUAUGAGAGCCCAAGUUGUUGCGAAGUGACUUAGCAACUUUUGCUCAUCAUGUUUCGACGCAUCCGGAACUUUGUUUCGCGGCACCCAAAGAAAAUUGCCACAGUAGCUCUGGUGGCCGCCGGCACGUUGGCCUGGAAGUACGCCAAGCACCGUCUAGUCGAGUGGCAACAGAAAGAAAGCGAGAGGAUGAUUGAGGCAGCCCGGAGACAAGCCCACUUCGAGGCCACCAUGCGAACAGCAGAUGGUGCCAUAGAAGCCCUAGGCAUGUCAAUCGCCCAGAAAAUUUGCCAAUGUCUAGACACAGAUCCAGUGAUAGCAAAACUGGACGCCAAUAGAGACAAGAAAGGGCCAGAGUGGCGAGAGGCUUGGACAGAACUGAAAAUUUUGGUGGUGAGUCGAGCAGUGGCUUUGGUUUACUGCGAGUCCAUCCUCACUGUGCUGAUGAGAGUGCAUUUGGCGGCUGUUGCUGGUCACUUGGCUCAAGGAGCCUCGAUUGGAGAGUCUCACUUGCAGCCAUGCCGGCAUUUUGCCUCGAUAGGGGUGGCUGCUGUUUGCAGUGCUGUCUAUGAUGCUGUGAAAAAAAGCGAGGAUGUCGCAUGUCUUGGUCUUGGCCACAAACUUUCCUUGGAGAAAUUGGAACAAGUUUUGUGGUCCGUGCAGAACAUCUUGGCAGAGGCUGACCCUCUCCACGACCUCCCUUCCCUUGCAGCCAGUGCUGAUGUCACUGAUGAGAGUGCUGAGGUUGUGUCCUUGCAUCAGGAAGCAGCCGAAGUUUUGCGGUCGACUGAAGUUUGGGGUGUGACGUCCUCGUGUGUCAGCAGAGGCCUUGCUUUCACAGUGGACCAAGUCGCCAGCAGUUACACAGGGCAACAAGCUGCAGUGCCAUUGGCAAAAAUUAUCCCUGUGCUAAACAAGUUGUCCCAACGACCUAAUGGUCACAUCACCUUCCUGUCAGUCCUUGUCACAGAUGAGAAACUCAAAAGUUUGGCUGCCAACGUUUACGAGGCAUUUGCGUGCCAGCACUGACCAAAAUAAUGUCUCCCUAUCUACAUUUUAUUUGCAUAAAGCUUUUAUUACUGAUCAUUCCAAAUGCUUUAAUUUAUGUGUUUGUUUUUUUGACUUCGCAAAUAAAUAACGUUUUCUUAA